UGAAAACAUGAUGAUGCGGCGUCCGGACCGCUUUCGCACCCAAGUAAGCUGGAGCCGUCAUCAACGCUCCGAAUCGUCCCCGGAAUCGAGCGAUGAGGAGGAGGAGGAGGAGAGGGGUGCCCACUCGCCCUCUUUCACGGACGAUGACUCCGGUAGCGAGGGAGAGUUGGAAAGUCCGCAGCUGGAAUUCGAGCCCGAAUUGACCGGCGGCAUGGCGAAUUUUAGAAAUCUAGCUAGGAGAGCCCGUGGUAACUCACUGCUAAAGCUGGUGAACUCCAAGCAGCCCGACGUAGGGCAAGCCAAUAUCCUCCUCUCCGACUUAACCCCAGAGCAAAUCUCGAAGGAGAUCGCCACCAAGGAUGGGCGGGGCAACAGUGUCAUCCACUACGCUUGCAUGAAGACACUGGUACCAUGGGUAGAAAUGCUGAUACAACAUGGGGCAGAUCUUGAUGUUAGAGGAGCAGGAGGAAAGAGGCCCAUUCACUUUGCAGUCAGAGACAAAGUCAGGGUCGAAGGUCAAGCUCAGGAUAAAGCUAAGCUGGUCAAACUCUUGGUAGCCAAGAAUAUCAAGGUCAACAUGAAGGAUAAUCUAGGUCAAACACCAUUAUUGCUUGCCUGUAAGUUUGAGGGACAGAAGAUCAUGAUCAAAGCCCUCCUCUCACAUCCAGAUGUGAGAAUUGAUCAACCGUUGAGGUUUGGCAGAGUUAAUUCAACGCUUCUCACCAUUUUAUGCCACAACGGUCAGUUUGAGGCUGCCAUCCUGCUCCUGGAAAAUGGAGCUAACCCCCUUGCCGUAAACGCUGCGAAGAACACGCCUUUCUACAUCAUCCUGAAGAAGGGCAAUGUGAAGUAUGCUCUACGAUUCCUGUCAACUUGCCAGCGUAGAGGAUGCGACAUGCAGAAGAUAUUGUUAGCUCAGAACAUAUAUCAGAAGACUGUCCUACAUGAGGCCAUCAAGACUGGUAGCCAGAUGCUGAUCAGGUGCUGUAUGACAUGUGUUCGUCCAGUGGAUCAAAGUGAGGGUGGUCCCUCCAAUUACCUCCUCGAUUUCAAAUCGAGGUUCGGUUCCACCAUCAUGCAUACGGCAUGCAAGCACGGACAUCUCGACAUCGUCCACAUGCUACAUGAUCUCUGCCCGAGGCUCCUGGAUACAAGGAACGCCAAGGGGCUAACCCCCCUGCACUACGCCUGCAGGGGCAACUAUGCUGAAGUUGCUGAAGAGCUGUGUAUCAUGUUGCAAAGUCAUGACAUCGAUUUGAGGCUGAAUUUGGACGAUGAAAUUCAUGGAUCCCAAUCGUUGCUCAAGUUCACCGCUUCAACGGGAUCGAGCGAUUGCCUGGUCGUUCUUCUCAGACAUGCGAACCCAGAUUUGUCCAUCAUGGUGAAUCUUAUCAGAUGGAUCUCAGUUGAGAAAAACCUGUCCUUGGUCCUCCAGGAGUUGCUGAACAGCUUUGAUGACAUCAGUACCGGCUGUGAAUCCAUGGAGAUUGAGAAGAUCAUACUGCUCUGUGCAGCCAAGGGACAGACAGAGAGUCUGCUGGAGUUUGUUGGUUGGCACAGGCGUUAUGUCUUCCUGAAGGAUUCCCAGGAGAAUACCGUCAUGCACCUGAUAGCCCAGGGUGGUCAUUUCGACACUGCUAAAGCUCUACUGAAGAACCAGGAUGAUGUGGGCCUCUGUGAACAGAAUCAUUUGGGACAAACCCCUCUUCACCUUGCAAUCAAACGAGGCCAUAAACUGACUACCAAGCUCUUUCUCAAGACCAACAAGGUACUAGCUGGCAUGCAAGACAACAAAGGGAUGACCCCGUUGAUGUACGCCUGCAAAGUCGGGAAUAUUCUCAUCGUGGAGAUGCUUCUGGAGCAGAAUCAGGGGGAGAUCAGGUUCUUUGAGUGCGACCGCAAGGGCCGAAAUUGCCUGGACCACGCCAUCCGUAACGGGCACGAGAUGGUGGCAGUGACUCUGUUAUCCCAAGAGAACUGGCGCUCCCUCAUGGCCCACUCCACCGGUGAAGGGGCGAACAAGACCACGCCCAUGAGGAACCUCAUCACCACCAUGCCAGGCGUGUGCCAGUUCGUCCUAGACAAAUGCAUCACCAGAUUAACAGACACCGACAUCGAUGACACGACUUCUGUGAAUAUCAAAGUAGAUUAUGAGCUCCUGGAAGACUGGUUUUCAGAUUGGAUGCAAAUUCAAACUCAAACUCAAACUCAAACUCAAACUCAAACUCAAACUACAUCCAGUAGGGGAAACUAUGAUGAUACUGGUGACACGUUGCUGCGCACCAUCAGCACGUUAGGUGGUUCAGAUCACAACAUUGACGAGGAAUCGCAGAACUCCAAUUUCCAUGCCGAUGGAACACUGAAAGAGGACGCAAAGAUCUAUGUGACUGACCCAGUAUAUCGUUCUGAGAACCAUCCUCUCAGACUCAUGAUUCAGAAGGAUGAGAGUAAAAUGUUGCUGAAUCACCCUGUAGUCCGCUUGAUGAUCCGCUACAAGAACAAAUCGACUCGACUGAAAUAUUGGAUCAGCCUCUUCCUCCAUUUCACCCUCGUUGUCCUCGUCACCGGCCACAGCCUGGUCAUCCCUCCACCGUUCUAUGUCCAGACCAACCCUGAAGGCAACAACUACACCUGGUUGGCUGACGGAAAAAGCAAGUGGCAGGAGAACAUGAACCUUUUUGCUUUGGUCCUGUUUGGAAGAGUUGGGGCCUGGAUCAUCCUUGCGCUCACUGUGAUCUACUUCAUUGAAUUUGUCUAUCGUGUAGUGAUCUACAGACACACAACAUUAAACAACAUCCGCGGUGUGGGUAGCAUUUUGAGAGAAGUGGCGCUCGUGGUCUUCAUCACACUCUUCAUAGUGCCCGGCCUUGGUGACUUGACCUACGGCUAUGGGGUCAACCUAAAACCAGAUUGGCAAUGGCAGCUUGGUGCAUUCGCAGUGUUUCUGACAUGGUUCAACUUCAUCCUGUUCCUGCAGACUGUUCCAUUCUUUGGUCUCUAUAUCUUCAUGUUUCUUGAGGUGCUAUCUACUCUUCUGAACUUCAUCUUCGUUGUCGGCAUUUUCGCCAUCGCCUUCGCUGUGGUGUUCUGUAUUUUGCUUUUAAAUCAGGCACCCUUUCACACCGUGGCGAACUCCCUAGCAAAGAUCCUGGCCAUGGCCAGCGGAGAGCCCAACUUCGAUGCUGUCUUUCAUUCCCUCGACUACCUCUACCAACCCGUGGCUUCUGUGGACUUUACAAGCAUGGUCUUCUAUCCAGCCUCUACACACAUUAUCUUUUUUCUCUUCAUAUUCUUCAUGCCAAUACUCAUCAUGAAUCUCCUGACUGGUUUGGCUGUGUAUGACAUCGAAAUCAUUCAGAAAAAGGCGAUAAUGUGUAAACGUACACUUGAGGCUAAGGGGAUCUUGGAUGUCCAGGACAACUCUGUCCUCUUGAUCUGGAAGCGCAGUGUUCUGAGAGACCAGGUGAAAAGUAUCAGGACGGAAAUCUCACCCAUGCACAAGCUCUUCUACAAGGCCAUUGGGUACAAGGAGAUACACGAUCAGCUGGUGGCAUUUCUCGAAGAACUGGAGAAGACGGGGAGUGUGCAGUUCACCAAAACAACGGAGAUGAAGAUUGAAGACAUGGCCCAGCACAUCUGCGACAUGAGGAACAAGCUCAACAUGCUGUCUGAGAAUGCCAUCGACUCCAAGAUUGAGCAGCUUGAGACAAUGACCAUCAUGCAGGAGAUCAAACAGCAAAUGCAGGCUCUCCAAGACAGCUAGGUUUGGUAAGAUUGGAAAUGAAAAUGGGUUACUAGAUGCAUGAUUGUUAUAAGUGUAGCCCAAUUGUUUCUUCCAUAUUUGAAUG